AUGAUGCUGAAUUCAACGUCAUCAACUUCAUCUUACUUUGUUCUUGAGGCUUAUUUACAUGUGGGAACUUUGAGAUACUUGUUGUUCAUGUUGACUGCAGUGAUUUACAUGUUCAUCCUGAUUUCCAACACGUCUCUGAUUGUCGUUAUCUGUAUGAACAGAAGUCUACAUGAACCUAUGUACGUGUUUCUGUGCAGCCUGUUUGUAAAUGAACUGUAUGGUAGCACAGGGUUGUUUCCUUUCCUCCUGCUUCAGAUUCUCUCAGACGUUCACACUGUUUCUCGUCCUCUUUGUUUCCUGCAGAUCUUCUGUGUUUAUUCUUACGGAAGUGUAGAAUUUACUAAUUUAGCCGUCAUGUCGUACGACAGAUAUCUGGCCAUCUGUUGUCCUCUGCAGUACAACACACGUAUGACGGUGAACAAAGCAGUUACCUUCAUUAUUGUGCUCUGGGUGUAUUCCUCUGGGAAGUUCUUAGUUACUUUAUCGUUGAACAUCCGUUUGCCUCUUUGUGGAAACGUCUUGGACAGUUUGUAUUGUAAUAACUACCUGAUUGUUAAGUUAGCGUGUUCCGACACCACAGUGAACAACAUCUACGGACUGUUCGGUGCCGUUCUGACCGUCUUAGUUCCUCUGCUUCCGAUCCUGUUCUCCUACACGAAGAUUCUUCAAGUUUGUUUCUCUGGUUCCAAACAGACGAGACAGAAAGCCGUCAGUACCUGCAGCCCCCACCUGGUGUCGCUGCUCAACUUCUCUUUCGGCUGUUUGUUUGAAAUAAUGCAGAGCAGGUUUAACAUGACCAAUCUUCCCAAAGUGCUCAGACUCAUCUUGUCCUUGUAUUUCUCGGUGCUGCAGUUUCUGUUGAAUCCCAUCAUGUUUAGAAUGCAAAUGUCAAAACUACGGAUGUUUAAAGGUCACAGAGUCUCUGUGUAG